UACCUAUAAUAAUUAAUAAUGUUAUGUAAUAUUAAUUCUCUCUCUCUCUCUCUCAUAUCAAUUUAAACAACUCGAAUGUUUAUUCAAUUGCUUCAACUCGUUAAUUGUUUCGUGCAGAGACAGUCACGAAGGCGCCUUAAAUAAAAAUCUUUUUAUAGCGAGUUCGGUUCGAUACAUGAUUGAUCUAUUAACACCGAUUGUAGUAGUGUAGCUAUAGUAUAUGUAUUGUGCUACUAAUUAGUUUACUACGGCUCAGUAGAACUUUUUCGUCAGUGGAGUAAGUUAGCUGCAUCGGAAAGGAAUCCGCGUUAAUUGUUUGAUCUAGUAAUUAAUUCAAUAAUUUUGCUAGAAAAGCGAACUUUAACAACAUGGAAGAAAUUCAACUUAGCAAAGAUCAAGUGUCUCAGUUGAAAAUGGGAUUCGACGCGUUUGAUCCUGAUAAAAAAGGAUGUAUUACCACGGACAAAGUAGGCACAAUUUUAGGUAUGCUUGGUCAUGAAGUCGCACAAGAAGAGCUCUCAGCAAUUAUUAUGGAGGUUGAUACCUGGGGAACUGGUGAGUUAAAAUUCGAGGAGUUUUGUCAGGUAGCGUCGCGUUUUCUCGAAGAAGAGACAGACACGGAAGCGAUACAACAAGAGUUACGAGAAGCAUUCCGAUUGUACGAUAAGGAAGGGAAUGGUUAUAUCACUACCGACGUUUUCAGAGACAUUCUUCACGAAUUGGACGACGGAUUGUCUCCGGAGGAACUUGACAUGAUCAUAGAGGAGGUGGACACUGACGGAUCUGGCACACUCGAUUACGAUGAAUUCAUGGAGGUCAUGACAGGAUAAAUUAUGGCUUUGGCACCAUACGGAUGCACCGUGUCGAUCGCCCACGUAUCGGACAACAAGUGUGCCUGUAUAAACAGAGAGGCCGAAAUCUCUUCGAAGUUGACGUUAGCAAAGUAUAAAUUCGCUCGUUUAUCAUUUGUGCAAAAAAAAGUGUUGUAAAAUAUUUUUAUAAAAUAUACAAAUCAAGGAUUUCAAUAAAAAAUAAAAAAUAAAGCCUAAAAAA